AUGUCGUCGGGCCUUCCGACCACGCCCAACAGCUCGCAUCUGCGAUCGGGUUUGCCGACACCUUCAGGAGCCAGAUCAAGACCUUCCCUCGCGCCUCGUUCCAGCAUCAGCCCAGCAGCGGAUAGUCCCGAUACGAGAUUCAAGAAGCAGACACUGGCAGAAGCCAUCUCUAAGAACGAUCCGGCAAAGUAUCGUCUCUCCACCAUUGGCGGCAUUGCUGCUGCUUCUGCUUUGUCGCCUGGCGCCUCUUCACCCAUCGGCAAAGACGACAGCGAUGUCGAUAGCAACUCUCCUCUGCUACAGGCAGGUCGUUUGCCUCGAGCUUCCUUCCUCUCGCGCAAGUCGCACUCAUCACUUCGAUCCGAACCACGGCCGACAAGAGCAACGCCACCUGCACGCGUUUCGCCUUCAGCUUCCGACCUCUCCCCUGGCUCAGCCAGCUCGUUUCCAUCAGCAGUCGCCAGCACAUCACGCUCUGUAGCAACUCCCAAGAGAUACUCCGACAUCCAUGCUCGCAGCAGCUACACGCCCUCCAUGGUCAGCAGAACUCCAUCUCAUACCUCCCAUGCAUCAUCAACCGCAGCCUCGUGUGCAAGACAAGACAUUCGUCGAGGACGCCAACUCGAGAUUGGCGACUUGGUCCACAUGGAAACAUCCCAGCUCGUCGGUGUCCUUCGUCAUCUCGGUCCUGUCCAGUUCAAAGCUGGCUUCUAUGCUGGUCUCGAGCUUACUGGCGACAGCGUCGGCAAGGGUAAGAACGACGGCAGCGUUCAAGGAACUCAGUACUUUGCAUGUGCUCCAGGCAACGGCCUUUUUUGUCCCGCUUCCAAAGUCGUCGCUAUCAACGAUGUACCUCCUACCGAUGCCGUACCUCGUCCAGCUUCGUCAAUGUCGAAUCGACCAUCCUCUCGCGCCUCGGACCUUCAUGAUCGCUCAGGUGCCAUCACACCCUCUCGACGACGAGCAAGCACCGUCUCACGGCCACCCUCCGAGACACCAUCCCGCACCUCAUCUCGUCUCAGCGUUCGUCCACCUUCCGUAACCCCUGGCAGCAGACCAGCCUCGGUCCUCUCCGCUUCUCGCCCUGCCAGUCGACUCACCGCACGCAAGAGUCUCGCCGCACCGCCUACCCGGCGCGAUGAUCAACGAGAUACAACCAUGCGCCAACCAAGCUUGAGCAACGUCAACCAGACGAGCCCUGUACGAGGCGCUGGAGCCGCGACAUCUGCAUCCUCCAUCGCAGCAAGGACUCCCAGGUCCUCGAUCGCAGGCGUACGUGCUGCAUCUAGCCUCCUUCAGAGCACGCCGAGUCUCGCCAAGAAGAGACAAAGUCUUGGCGGUAUUCCUACUCCUAGAGCUACAAAGGGACGUGCUUCCAUGUUUGCACCACCAGCUGGUCUUGCCACUACAUCCGAUGCCAGUAUGCCUCCACCUCCCAGCCCUACAAAGGAUGGCCGUGUUGGCGAGCGCGCAUCCAGCGUCCUCUCCUUCCGCUCCAGCAGCCGACUCGCUCGUGAUCCGUUUGACAUGGAAGCCUCGCCCGUCGCUAAGCAAGACACAAUGUCCACCACAGACUCCAACUUGGACAAGAACCUCUCGCUGCUCGAACAGAUGGAUCUGACGCCUCGCAAGUCUGCUCAACUCCCUGCUCCUUGGCAGUCCAGAGCAGAGGUUCGUGCAGGUCAGACAGAAGUUCUCACACAAGACUUUGUCGCUGAAGCCGUUGUGCCUCUUUCACUUUACGAGGAGCAAGUGGCAGAGUUCGAACAACUUCGUGUGCAAGUUCAGGAACUCGAGAAGCAGAAUGCAGAACUUGGGCGCGCUCAGGAAGCCAGGAAGGCGAGGGUAUCGGAAGCUCGAUCCAAUCAAGCCAUCUUGGAAGCAGAACGUGCCAAGAUGCGAGCUGAAGCGCGCGACAGACAGGCCGAGAUGGAGGAAGAACGUCGUAUCGAACGCAAUGACGAGGUCCGCCGACGCAAGGAGAUCGAGGAUCGCGAAAAGGAGCUCAAGGAGAAGCUUGCUGAAGCGCACCAGCAGCUUAGCAAGACAGCCGACCACCACGAGCGAUACCAGAAGGAAGCAGAGAACCGUCAGAAGAAUCUGCAACUCAAGUUGCAGUCCAGCGAGCAGCUCGUCACCGAGAUGAAGAACCGUAUCCACCAAGAGUCGGAGCAGCAACACCACGGCGAAGCGCUCGAGACGCAACUCAAGCUCAAGGAUGCCGAGAUCGACAGCCUCAAAUCGUCCUUGAAACGUCUCGAAGAGGAAGCGCAGACCGCUCGCGACGACUUGACCCGCCAAAUCGAUGAGCUCAAGGACGCCGGCCGCGAGACCAUCAGCUUGUACGAGCAAAGGAUCGAGGAGAUCGACACUGAACGGGUUGAGGUGCUCGACAACAUGCAGUUGCUGCAGGACAAAGCGCAAGAAGCUAUCCGAGCAGCAGAAGCCCGCGUCGAGGAGCUGCAGGCUGCUCACGCAUCAUCGCAGACUCGCAAUGCACCCGAAGCAGGUUCGGCUGCAGCUAUCGACAACGAGGCUCUGCGAGAGCAAGUGGCUCACUUGCAGGACAAGCUCGGCAAGUACGAAGAUCAACUCGCCGAAGCAGCGCUUGCCUUGGAGAAGGAGAAGGAGUAUGCGCAGAAGAGGCGAGACAAGUCGCACGAGGUGGAGAACAGCUUGAAGAACGAGCUCAAGCGUGUCAAGGGCGAACUUGAGAAGGCGCAGAGGGCAAGCAAGGAGCAACUUGCUCUACUGGAGGAGACUCGACAUGCUCUGCAGGAAAGCCAGUUGGCACUGGAGCGUGAGAGAGCCGAGCUGGAAGGCUUGCGAGCCGAUGCCGAGAACUUUAACGCACUCAAGAGCGGUCAUGAUGGUAGCUUCACCAGUGCGACCCAACGCUUGCAAGGCGAGAAGCUGGAGCUGGAGACUGAGCUCGUCCGACAGAAGCAGCAAUCGGAGAAGGAACUGAAAGCCAAGGAAGCAGAGCUGCGACAGUUGCGGCUGCGAUUGGACCAGGUCACUGACACGACACGCGGCUCAGAUGAUGCGGAACCAGGCAGCGCUGCAUUAGAUGCAUCGCUUCGAUCGCCUAACGACACUAAGCGCAAAGACGCCCACCGUCUUUCGGCCAUGUCAAAUAGCAGUGUCAGCAGCAACCUCAAGUCUUCGCACCGUGUCUCCUCCAACGGCGCAUAUGCAGCCAGCGACGUCUCGGCGAUCUCCUCUGCGAACCAGAUGUCUGGUCUCAGCUACCUCGUACGUCAGCUCAGCGACGAGAACAACGAAAUGAAGACCAAGCACAAGCUGUUGGAGUCUGACCUCGAAGCUCGCGCCCAGGAAGCCAAGACCAAGUCGCGUGCUUUGGAGCUCACAGUGCAGUCACUCGGAAAGCAGCUCGAGGCUGACGAAGGCGUCUCUGGCACUGCAUCCACUUGGGAGCUAGCCGAAAAGCUUGCUGACAACGAAGCACAAUUGCAUAGCAGCCAGAGCAUCAUUGCCGACCUCAAGUGUACACUCGAAGCAACCAAGAUGGAAGGACGCGAGACGACCGAUUCGCUGCGGAAGGAAGUGUCGCAUCUCGAAGCCCUUGUGGAAGCACGUAUCUUCCGAGAGGAGGAAUUGGUGGCUGAAGUGGAACGUCUAUCGCGAAAGUUGGAUGAGCGCAGUCCUUCUCGUAGCUUGUCCAAGUCUUGGACAGUGGACAAGCAGGACGGCAGGAGCGUGGCGAGUAUCGCUGUAGACCAGCCCAAGCAGGAAGCAGCAGCAGCGGCUUGGAGGCUGAGUUCAGAGAAGCCAAAGACGACUGCUGUCGAAGCCGAGGAGGAGGAAGAGGAACUCGACUUUUGCGGAUUGUGCUCUCAGCGAGGUCAUGCGUUGGAGAAUUGCGAUAAGCUACUGAACGGGAACAGACCGGAAGCACAGAAGGCUCAACCCAGCAACGGUGAUGGUAGUGGCAAUGGUGCACAGGGGGAGAAUGAGCCUUGCGACGAUUGUGGCGAGGUUGGACAUCGAUUUGAGGAUUGUCCUUACGCAGCGGAGAUCUUCUGA